AGCACGAUGAAGUCAUUAAGAAGCUUACAGACUUUCAAGAAGAUUAGAUUUUACUCUUCUAAUCCUACAGUUUACAGCCGCGCAAGCCUGCUGACCGAAUGUGCUUCAUUUGUUGUACAAUUUCUUUCCAUUGAUAAUUUCUUGUUGCUCCUAACUCUCUGGAAUAUGUAGGCUAACAAAGAGUAGCAGGAUUGAUAGGAGGUUGAGGUGAGACUGUGUAUAGCUCUAGUUGAUAAAACAAAGCUCUGGAAAACAAUUGAUGCAACUGGGAUUUUGGGCUGGUUAUGGAUGUUUUUAAAUUGGAUUUAACAGGAAUUUAUGUGGAUUUCGGUUUUCAUAAAAACUACAGACUGUCGCUAAUGGAUGAAGGCACUUCUCAGCUGUAACUAGACCGAACGACUGCUUCCACACUACAGAACCAACCGGCCAGGCAGGCAGCGUGGGGAUAGAUAGGCCGGAGGAAGCUCAUCUCUUGGAGGCCUUUACAGAUGGUGUCCAUUGCUCCCUGUAUUGAGAUGGAGACAGAGCCCUGCCCUGGAGAGCAAGAGAAGCGGGUGGUGGAGACCAAUGAGCCAGAGUUGAAGGAGGCCUACACAGGUCCUGGUGACAAGGACAGUCAGAAAGAGAAGGAACUGUCCCAUGGACCUCAGCAGGAAGAUACGGAGCCCCAUGGGGAGGGAGACCCCAGGAUAGAAUGCCAGGGUGGAGGGAACGCUGGCACUACAUUAAACACCCUCCCUAUCACAGAGAAGACAGAGACCCCCUGUGUGGAAGAGAGGAAGCUGAAGAAGACCCCCAGUUUUGCAAAAACAGUGAGGUUCAGCGAGACAGAGUCUGUGGAGGACAGGGAGAGCUCAGAGGAGAGUCUCUUCCCAGACCAUGAGAUGGUGCAGUGGAUCUCCUCCAGCUUUGAGGAGCUGUUCCUGGCUGAAGACUGGGAGGACAUCACAGAUGACCGACUGUUGAGGAAGAAGGUGCUGGCGCCUGGCCCCCAGAAAGCUGAGCACCCAGCCUGGGGUCAGGAGGUCACAGUCAAAAUGCAGGGAGUGCUGGAGGAUCGGAGUGUGGUGGAGAAAGACCCUAAACUGGUGUUCGUCAUCGGAGAGGGAGAUGUCAACCAGGCCCUGGAGGAGUGUGCUAUAGCCAUGCAACAGGACGAGAUCACAUUACUGCUGGCAGAUUCACAGUACACCUAUGGACUUCUGGGAAGGGAGCCUGAUAUUCCAGCCUGGGCCCCCUUACUCUACCAGCUACAACUCCUGAACAUCAGAGAGAAGCCCGACCCCCUGAUUAUCCCCAUCUCUGACCGUAUCCGCAUCGGCAACCAGAAACGAGAGCGGGGGAACUUCCACUUCCAGAGGGAGGAGUACAGCAUGGCUGCCAGGGCCUACUGGAUGGCUCUGGACGUCCUUACUACACGCUCUGAAGAUGGUGGAAGUGCUGUGCUGGUGGAGGGGGAGGAGGUGCAGGACUACCGGGUGAAGUGUCUCAACAACCUGGCAGCGGCUCAGCUGAAACUGGAGCAGUACGACGACGCACUACACACCAGCCGGGAUGUUUUGUCCCUGGACCCACAAAAUGUCAAAGCCCUCUUCAGGACAGGAAAGCUUCUGUCAGACAAGAGCGAGUACGGGGAGGCAAUGGAGAUACUGAAGAAGGCUCUGAAACUGGAGCCGUCCACCAAGGCCAUCCAUGUUGAGCUGUCAAAGCUAGUGAAAAGGCAAUCAGGAGGCAAAAACACCCAGAAGUUGCAAGCCAAACCUGCCCAGCUCCUUGGAGACAAUAUUGCCCCAUUUCUGACUCCUAACAAGAAGCCACCUGGAAAUUCAUGGAAGUUCCUGCUUGGUGCUCUGGUGGUGGCCUUGGGCAGUUUAGUGACGUCAGUGGUUCUGACUGCAAGAAACUGACGCCCUCUGCAAAGGAACUGUCCAGCUCAUGAAUAGUAAACUGACUUGUUUGUGUCUGCUGUGAAUAAUAAAUAAAAAACUGCACUGAACUAUGGAAAAACCUGUAUCAACAUUCACUGACAUACUGUAGCAGCACUGACAUUUGCACCACAGAUUGUGUUUAUUUGAGUGUAACAGAGUAAUCUAAUGGCACUUCUUCCGAAGAAUGUAUGCAAUGUCUUUUUUUUUUAACAAAACAGCUUUGUGAUGGAAUCCAUUUUAGUACAAAACUCAGACUGGAACAGUCACAUGGUCAAUGUCUUGUAUGAAUGAGGGGCUUCUGUAAUAACAGGAUAUAUGUGUCCCAAUAAACUGUAUCUAUGUCUA